GGGAUGGGAAAAACUGUACAGUAUUUACAAGUCCCCAGAUCAUCACAAACAAGAUCAUGAUGUUCUCGUAGGGAUGGUGUUACAAACUUGACUCUUGUUACGAAUGAAAACACAGUUAUUAGUCACAAAGACUUUGUGCUUUAUUUGAGCUUCUCAGCAAUGGAAGAUAUGGCUAAUGUUUUUAAGAUGAAGGUACGAAAGCCGAGAAUCAAGUUCAAGCCAGCACUUUUUCUCUGCCUCGUGUCGGCUUCCAUCAUGAUGUACCUGAUCAUAGAUGUUCCCAUCUCGUAUCCAAUACCACGCCACUGUCAACCAUUUCAAAUGAAUGCGUAUCCAUUUAUUAACAAACUCAAUAAUACAUCGAAAACCUGGGUGCAAAAUACAGUAGCUGCCAGAAAAAUAAGAAAACUGUCAUCAAAUUGUCUACCUACUCAAAAUACACUAAUGGUAUAUGCUGCAAAUAACAAUGUGGAUGAUAUAGAUUUUAAACAAGGUUUUAAUCCAAUAGAGUACAUUGCUUUUCUAUAUGAUGGAAAGACAGGCACCCCACAGGAGUUGCCGGCCAAGUUUGAAAAAGUUAAACGACAACAUCACUGCGCCAUCAUCGGAAAUAGUGGGAUACUUUUGAAUAGCAGCUGUGGGGAGGAAAUUGAUAGCAACCACGAUUUUGUGAUGCGUUCAAAUUUUGCACCGAUUGAAUCAUACAUGAAAGACGUUGGAGUGAAAACAAAUUUGACAGUUAUAAAUAUUGAAAAAAUCAGGCAAAUAGCAAAUAUUUUGUCAGUUGGGGACUUUAAAGAUCCCGUAGCAAAGAUGAUGUUUCGCCGAUUAAAAUUCUUGAAUGAUUCCGUAGUUUGGUUUCCAAAGGGUACAAGGUUUCGCUUUUACAUAAGGACAAAACUGCAGUAUAUAGCAAAGCAACUGAAAACUAAAUACCAUCUUCCACUUAAAAUAGGGUACAGCUGGAGGAACUUGGAAGCCCUCAUUAAAUGGUUUUGGUCAAUGCAAGAAUUCUACACAACAACUGGGCUAAACAUGUACACAGUUGCAACCACUUUCUGUGAUCAGAUCACCCUGUAUGGCUUCUACCCAUUCCAUGUUGACAAGGACAGUAGGAGAAUUCCACACCACUACUACGAAGAUAUUCCUUACGAGUAUGACAACAAAGUUCAUUCAUUUCAUGAAGAGUUUGACCGUCUGAAAACACUACACACCAUGGGGGCAUUACGCCUGGUAACAGAUCGGUGUAAUGGAGAUAAACCCAGUACUAUUAGUUUGCCAAAGAAGUAAUUCUAAAAAUUCCAAACAAUUAAGCAGCAGCAGUGCAGUUUGACAUAAUUAGAUGAUAUUCUCAAACAUGAACACAUACACAGUGUUUUUGUAACACCUGUGAUCUACCCUCAGGGUAGCAGGGCCUGAAAAAGCCUUAGCCUGGCUUUUUUGUUUACACACACACAUUCCAUUCUAAUCUAAGUCAAUGAUAUUAGUAAAUAAUAUAUUGCUAAAAUGGUGAUGUAUACAAUACCAAAGCGUCUGUGUGUGCACUAAACAUGUUACCGGUGGCGUAUUCAUGAGUGGGAGGGGGCAUGCCGUAGCUCACAACCCCACAGUUUCCCUUUAUAGGAAAUGUUUGAAGCAAAACUAUUUGUGCUUUGCGAGCUAGAAGUGCCACCUCAAUUAAUCAAUGAGACCCACUUCACUUUUGCCCUCCGAUCACCCCGCCCCCCUUUCAAGGCUCUUGGAUUGGCCACUUAUUAAUUAUUACGUAAUGAACGCAUACUAUCACAAAUAAGCUGAGUAUGUAUUCCACUGGAUCAAACACCUAUGGAACACAUACUUGUAUCGUUAAUGGUGUAAUUCCAUGUCACAGCUACUGCAGUAACCUCCAUAUUGACAUACAAACCCACUAUACGCUUUUGGGUGAAGAGAGAUGCCACAGAUAAAGUGCCUUGCUUAAGAACACAAAUAGCCCUGGACUUAAACUGAAGCUAUGGAAUGGAGAUCUCAGGAUGUUGAUGUUUUUAACAGGUAUAGAAGGAAUGAUUGUGGGCAAAUGUUAUGUAAAAUAAGAUGUGCAAGUGGAUGCCAGUGAUGACCAGAUGCAAGUCCAAGCUGCAGAUGUUUUCAGUGGUAUGGAUGAAUGAGAGACAAAAUUCUUUUUAAGCUUGAGUACAUAAAAUUGCUACACUGCUAUGGAAUGGAGAUCUCAGGAUGUUGAUGUUUUUAACAGGUAUAGAAGGAAUGAUUGUGGGCAAAUAUGUAAGAUAAGAUGUGUAAGUGGAUGCCAGUGAUGACCAGAUGCAAGUCCAAGCUGCAGAUGUUUUCAGUUGUAUGAAUGAAUGAUAUAGACAAAAUUCUUUUUAAGCUUGAAUACAUAAAAUUGCUACACUGUCAGUACAGAAAUUUUGAUUCAUGUGGGCAUAGGAUUUACUAGAAGCAUAAAAAUUCAGUAAACAUUUUCAGGGUUGCAAAUUAAUUGUUCGGUGCUAAGUUUUCGUGGAGAUUAAAUUUGUUUUAGAAAUGAGACAUGUAUCAAAUUAAAACAAUAGCACUGUAUAUGAUUAUUAUUUAUUCUCGGGUGUUCCAUAUUUAAUUAUAAUAAUAUUAUUUUUAGUGCAGUGAAUUAUUUUACUGUUAAUGAAUAUUGAACAAUUAAAAUUUACCUCAUUAUCAAGGUCACAUGUUCAGAUUUGAUUCUGAAAUGUUCCUUCCAUAUGGUCAGAUCUAUGACCUUUGAAAUGUCAACUUUCACCAUACAUAGUUAUUUGUGAUUGGUUGAAUGUAUACAGUGGCAUAUUUGGAUUGAUAUCAAAUAAUUUAUUGAAUGUAAACCAGACUAAUAUUUUGUAUUUAAAAUUAUCUUAUAAAUAAUUAUUUAUUAACAAACUACUGUAUAUGUUUUGUAAUCCAUUUGUAUUUGAUUUGAUGUGACUAGUGAAAUGUUAAUUGAAAUGCAAUAUCUUUUUUAAGAUAGACUUAUUUAAACAAGGCCGUGCACCACUGAUCUCUGCUCAUCGGUCAAUCCUUGUACAGAAAAAAGUGAGGUCACCGACGCCAUGUUGGAAACUUGUCUAAGCUGAUACGUCACUGAGACCCUCCAAUAUGGCGUCAGGGGCCUCACUAAAACCAGCCAAGGAGCAAUCAAGCUAUUAUAGUAGUGAUCAGUGCCAUGCACAAAUGGAGUAUUUUUAACAUUAAGGUAUCCCUAGUCCCCACCAACAUGUUCUGUGAAUGUAGAAAAGAUAUCAGAAACCAAAAAAGUGAAAUUAAGCCAGUGGUGUGACAUUCUGUUACCACUACCCAUCAUGUUAAAGCUCUGCGUACACUAUCAAAUUUCAUCAAAAAAGCGUCACAUAAAAUACGAUGGAACAAUAUCAUCAAAAUACAUCAAAUGUGAUGUAUUUUGAUGAAACUGAAUUAUAAAAUCCAAUUGGUUGGUGUGAUUUGUAGUGUUUGCUUAUUGGUCAAAAUGUGUUUUCUAAAAAAUUUGACAAAUUUUUGACGGACAUAAAAAAAAGUUGAACACAUUCGACUUUUUUUUAUACAAUUUGAAAUUAUGUGAUAUGACGUCAUCGUGCCCAUAUAUGGGCACAUCACAUUUUUUUUGUCACAUAAAAGUUUAUAGAGUGUAGACAGAGCUUCCCCAGUUUAUAAGGGAUCAGGAGGAACUGUAUUACUCAUAGUUGCACCAUUGAAUUAAACGUAUUUGCUUGCUGUUCCAUACUAUACUUUUUCUGGGAUUAGGACCUAAUUCCCAUCCAAAUUCAAACAACAUAACAAGUUUCUCGACAUAAAUAGACGCUGAUGGUGCUCUCCGAAAUUUUCUAAUACUAGGAAGAAUCAAUAAAUUAGAGACUUAUGGCAAUUGUCUAGCAUGGUAAUUGCUUUACUGCGCUUAAAAUCCUUUUGUCUAUUAUAAUACUACUAGUACUUGUGCACGGCCUUGAUGUCAUUAGGGUAUUGUUUGUGUAUUGAUUCAAAAUAAAAUGAAUGUAAAAUGAUUUGACAAUAUUUUUUUAUAAUUUUGAUAUGACUACAGUAUAAUAUGUAAUGUGAUGUAAAUACUUUAUUAUAUUUUUUAGAAUCAAAACUUCCACCCAAUUCUUGGGGAUUCUAUUGAUGUUCUUACAGGACAUGCUUGUAUCCAAGGUCAAUCAAGGUUAUUCGACAUAACCUAUGUUGUUGUCCUUGAUACGAGCAUGUGCUGUUCAAACUACGAAUUGGCUUAUUUAGUAAAAGGCCCUCUUGUAGUUUUAAUUGCGAAAUAUCUAUGUCAAAGGUCAACAAACAAAUAAA